CGGUCACACUCACCAGCCUCCAAACUGCGAAUUCGAGUUUUCGCUUGCAAUUUUCGUUUUUUUGUUUUAAGUUUACGACGCAUGCUGUGAUUGCUCGACGGCUGGCUAAGAGAUCUGCAAAGUGCCUGGAUAAGCAGCGAUCUGGAGCACCUGGCGAUGGAUCAGGAUAACAGCGCGCAGGCGAAUAACUUCGAAGGUUCAGGGGACGCCGGUCUCAAAAUGGCGUCUGCGAAUUCCGAAUCGUUGGCGUCGGCAACACACGAGCUGAAAAUAAUGGAUGUCGAGGGCGGCGCGACGGUGGCGGUGGAUCCUGUCGAGGAACCGGAUGCCGCCAUGGUCAUCCUGGUGGACGACGACGAGGGCGAGGCGGUGAUGGACGUGGAUGAGGACGAACAGCCAAUGCUGGAUGAUGCGGGCCUCGACGAUGUGGACGACGACCAUGUUCCCAUGGUGGCGGAACUGCAGUCCGCUCUGAACAACCCAGAUGACAAACCGGAAGGCGAUGACCCCCUCCUGGAAGAUCCGGAUCGAGAGCCCGACACCAUGUCCACCAAAACCGAACCCUCGAGCGAUGGGGAGAGCAACCACUCGUAUCACGAUCCCAUGGGCCUGCUGGAGCGAAUCGACAACCAGGACGGGGGAGACAGCCAGGACGACGACGAGGACUUCAGUGUCGACGAGGGCAGCAAUGGAGGCGGCAACGGAUCGAUGCGCCGCAAGAUGCCACGCUCGCAGCGCUGGCUCAUCUGGAUGAGGCGCUGGCCCUGGAUCCUCCACGAGCCCACCGACGGCACCUUCGCCUUCUGUCUCUACUGCAACAUGAACAUCAACGUUAACAACCGCUCCAGGCACAUCAACCAGCACAACAUGUCGCUGUACCACCAGGAACGCGAGGCCAACUAUCUGGCCUUCAAGAAGAGCGAGGAGCAGACUCGGGGAGCGACCAGUGACAACGAGGUGAAGCAUGAGUUCGGCACCAAGAGCUAUGUUGCCGCCAUGAAGCAGAAGCGUGUCUCCGAGAUCGAGGCCUUUAACAACUUCAACUGGUUGCGCUGGCUUCGAUUGCAUCCUUGGCUGGAGCGCGCCCAGCCUGGUGGAACCAUUGGCAUUUGUCGCGUUUGCAACGUGCGCAUGAACGUGGAGUUUGUCUAUCUGCGGAAGCGCCAUGAGACCACCAAGGGUCAUAUGGAGGCCCUGCGCAACCAGGAAACCGAGAAGCCGGGUCGCAAGCGAAAGAGGAGCAAGAGCUCUAGCGAAUCCAUCGGUGUCGAGGAGGAGGCUGAGGCGGAGAAAGAGAAGGAAUCUGAGCCGGAGGAGCCACAGGAUACCGCCGUGGUGAUGAUGAACGGCGAUAUAAACACUGACGAGGACCCCAGCAAGUGGUGUGAGCUGAUUCCGGACACAAAUCCACAGCAGUGCCGAUGCACGCUCUGCGACUGUACGAUGGGCAUCACUAGCUACCUACGGCACUGCAAAACCAGGCUGCACUGCCAAAAGCAAUUGGCACCCGCCGAAAAGGGUUCCCCCGAUGUCCGCGGCGUUUGGGCUGUGUUUGCCGAGAUGCAUCCCUGGUUGAUCGCCGAUCCUGAUGACCCUAGUAUUAGCUACUGCAGCGUCUGCCGCAAGCGGUUCAUGUAUGGAAACUCGGAGAUCAAGCGCAAGAACCACGAGAAGUCCGAAAAGCACACCUCGGCAGUGGCCGCCGCGAAGGCAGUUAUCGAAGCUGGAUUGGCAGAGGCCAAAGAAAAGGAAAAAGGGGGUGAUGACGAAGCUGAAGCUGAAGAAGAGGAAGCUGAGGAGGAGGUGGCCGCUAGUGAGACACCACAGACAGAGGCUCGUUCGGACAGCGAGGGCUCCGAAGAUAAUGACGAUGACAAUUGGUCGGAGACAGUGAAAGGCGGAAAGGGCCUCUCUGCCAAAAGCGCUAUGGAGCCCCGAAAGGCCAAGGGCCGCGCAGGUGUGCGCUUCUACCCGUGGCUCUGCUACUCCAAGGAUCGGAAGACACAGAUUUGCAAGUUCUGCCGCGUUCGCUUUCACAACGAAUCAGCUAAGGCAAGGCACGAAUACAGCGCUCGGCAUGUCAAGCUUGUAAAGCAGUUCAAGGCACGCCAGGCGAAACAGCCACAGGGCUCCAUGAAGCAGACUAGAAACAAGCGACAGGAAGAGGAAGAGGAACAGGUGGCACCCGAACAGGAAGAGGAAGAAGAGGAGGAGGACCAGGAAGAGGAGGAGGAGGAAGAUGAGGAUGACCAGAGCAACACUGACUCUGGUACCGUGCUGACAAGAAAGCCGGCUCGAAGCGCCGCCAAACUGUUCGUCAAGCCCAUUCCGGCUACCAUGAAGGGCAAGGUAAUGGUGUGGAAGGGCCGCUUCCCGUGGCUCUCCUACAAGAAGAGCGAGCAGCGUGGCAACUAUGCCUGGUGCAAGCUCUGCGAGGUGUCCCUCUACCUGCCCUCCUCCAAGUGGGCUUCCAAGCAUCAGAGGACUUCCAAACACAUUCGCCUCCGCAUCGAUCGGAAGCGCAAUGGUGGCAAACCACCGUCUGCGUCUGCGGUCAAGAAUCCAGGUGAAAUCUCCGCCGUUGUGGCGACAGCUACGGCUUUGGCCAGCGGCGAGGCUAGACAGAAGGCGGCCAUGGCAGAGCUGCAGGCCAAGUACAGCUGGCUGGAUCCUGAUGCCAAUGACGAGAACCACUGCCACUGCCGUGUUUGCGAUACGCGGCUGCCGAUCAAGGUCUUCUAUCUGCGCCAGCACGACGCUUCGCGCAAGCACGCCGAUAGUGUGGAGCGGCAUCGGGCCAACGAAACCGCUGCCGCCCAUGCACCAUCCGUUAGCACCACUUCCACUGCUGAGGCGGAGAGGCAGGAGUCUGGCCUGGACAAGGAAAGCGACGGCGACAUGAGUGUUAGAUCCGAUGGCAGCACAGCGGAGCCGCCAGCAAAACGAGCGCGACGCUCAAUGGAGGUUCGACGUAUACUGCGCGCCCUGCGCGACUCUAUGGGCAAGCGGCAAGAGGAGCGCUCCCAGAUGGACAUGGCCAAGGAUAUGAUUUGCUCUUCGUUCGAUAUUGUUACGCGCCUGCGAACUCUGGAGCGGGAGUCGGCCGCUCUUAACGAUUCUACGGCGCAGGCGCCGGCGGCGAAGGUGGCACCAGUCCAGCCACCAGAGCCCCGUCAUGUUUUGGAUCUCUUCUUCGAUAGCAUCGCGCCGACCAUGAAAGCCCUGCCGGCCGAUUUAGCUGCAGAGGGCAAGGCCAAAAUCAUGCAGCUCGUGUGCGGCUUGGAGGUUAGAGCCAUGCAAAGGAACUCGGCAGCACCUUCUUCCACAUCGUCUUCUACAGCUAGUACAACUGCUCCUUUCGCAACUUCUCCUGCUUCUGCUCCUGUUCCUGCUCCGGCUCCUGUUCCAGCCCCUGCUCCUGUUUCCGCUUCUGCUUCGGCUCCUCCUACUGCGGCUCCCCCAGCUCCAGCUCCCGCUGUUUCAACUGCUCCUGCUGAUGCAGAAUUGCAUUCCAAUGUUAUCACAAUCCAAGACGAUGACAACAGUGUUCAAACCAAUAACAACGAAGUGGAGAAAAAUCCAGCAGGCGGCAUUUCCUCUACCCACGUGACCAUCAAUGGAAAUCAAAAAGAACUGCCUGAGAAUAUACGACGAAUGCUAAGUUCCUCCCAAGUGCAGGUGACCAACCGUUUCGACACGGAUGCAGUGCGUUGUGUGCCGCUCGACAAGCUAACAACACAGAGUCGGAACAACGGAAACGGGCGACUCAGUCAAGGGGGCUCCUCGGAGGCACCAUCAACCCCACAGGCGGACCUCAUUACCAAUGGAAAUACUCUGGCCAUGCUCAGACAGAUACGGGUGAACAAUAACAGCAGUUCGAAGAUGAUCACCAUCACACCCAAGACAACCAUGCAUCAGCCACAAGCAAACCUAACAUCGACGCCCAUUAUGCGGGGUGCCCCGAACGCCAACGGCGCCCAGAUGGCAACGUUCCGGUCUCUGGUAAACCCCAACCGUAGGCCAUAAAGCUCGUUAGAAAUAAGCAUCAUAUAUAGCUAUAGUUUUUUGUCAUUGUCAUUUAUUUAAAUAUUCGCCUCAAUCAGUUAAUAUUGUAUGUUAAAGAUGAAUACUUGCAAGCAAGGUAAAUAUUUCAAAUUAAGAUUGACCGAUCCUGUUGAGGUGCGAGGACUAAGGAUUUCCUUCAUAAUCAUAAGAACAAACUUCCCACAUUUGCCCCCUGAAAGUUGAAUCUGUUUUCCCCCGAAAGAUGUACGUUUAUAACGACGUUUUGACUCGGAAAGUUUUUUCUGCACCAGUAAAAUAUAUAUUUUUUUUUUGCUUAAGCACAUUAUAAAUUGGAUUGAUUUAAGGUUAACAGACUCCCAAGUCAUACCCAAAUAUAUAUAAACUGUAUGGUCUUUUAA